AUCUGCAGGAGUCACUUCCUGUCUUGGGUGGUGGCUUCAAACUUUCUUACUCGACUUCAUUCCUGUGUGUGGGAAUGAGAGGAGGAAGAAAACUUAAUCUACAAAAGCGUCUUAAUCCCCAGUCGCAAUAAGUGUUGUUUGAACAGCGUCGUUUAUUUGACCGAUCUUGUGUAAUUUCGCGUGGAGGGAGAGUAAAUAUCGAGUUGAAGUCAUGCAGGCCAUCAAGUGUGUGGUCGUCGGAGACGGAGCUGUGGGUAAAACAUGUCUGCUGAUCAGCUACACCACCAAUGCCUUUCCUGGAGAAUACAUCCCCACAGUAUUUGAUAAUUAUUCUGCGAAUGUGAUGGUGGACGGGAAGCCAGUGAACCUGGGUCUGUGGGAUACAGCAGGACAGGAGGAUUACGACAGGCUCCGCCCCCUGUCCUACCCUCAAACGGACGUGUUCCUCAUCUGCUUCUCCCUUGUGAGUCCUGCCUCUUUCGAGAACGUCCGUGCAAAGUGGUAUCCAGAAGUGAGACACCACUGUCCAGCCACGCCGAUCAUCCUGGUGGGAACCAAGCUUGAUCUGAGAGACGAUAAGGACACCAUCGAGAAGCUGAAGGAGAAGAAGCUCACUCCCAUCACGUAUCCUCAGGGCCUGGCCAUGGCCAAAGAGAUCGGGGCGGUGAAGUACCUGGAGUGCUCGGCGCUCACACAGCGCGGGCUGAAGACGGUGUUCGACGAGGCCAUCCGGGCCGUGCUGUGCCCCCCGCCGGUCAAGAAGAGGGGCAGGAAAUGCUCACUUCUCUAGAGACUGAUGCCACCCAAACUAUGUUUCUGAAGGAGAAAUGAGAUCCGGCUUUCAUCGAUCAAUUUUUCCUCCAUUGUAAUCACCAGUUCAACUUUACACACUUCACAAAACAUGUAGUAAAACAUCCCGUCUCCCUUAGACAAACACGUGCUAUUGGACGAGCUGCGGCCUUUGACUAACGGAUAUUAACUCUUUUUUUUCUUAAGACGGUUAACAGUGUCCUGAAGUUGGUUCCUUCCAUUGAGAACCCAUAAUGUUUGUUUACAGUCUUUGUUUGAGAGAGAAAUGAAGAUCUUGCCAAAUAGCACUACAUUAGCAUACACCACAUUUCUUGCUUUUUAACCGCUAAAGGGCUGCAACCAUUUGGCUAACCACUGUGAAGCCAGGGAUAUUGAGUGAAAGAGUUAUCGGUGAAUCGUGAGGAUCAGUUAAUGGAGGAUGAGGCGACAGAUUUUUAUAUAUCUUCAUUAUGGGGUUAUGUGCACACUAUUUGCCAUUUGUUUUGGGGGGUAUUAUGUAAUUCAAGGCACGAAAACACGCCGCAUCACGUCACUUCCGGAUCCUAGAAAUCAUGUUUUGCAUAAAGAAAAUGAAGCUUGUAUUUUAGGACCAUUUUCAUCACAAUAUACGGUCAUUUUAAAGUUCAUUUUUAAUUAAAGUACAACCAAUAUUACCAAUGGUUGGUGAAUAAUUUAAAUAAUAUAUUUUUCUAUUAAAGUAACUAGUUUUUUUUAUUAUAUGAGGACUUUGAUUGUGGAAAAUGGGCUUAAUUGAAACCAUAAAUAUGUACAGUGAUCCUAAAACUAGGCUUCAUUUUGUUUACUCAAAGUAUAUUUUCCAUACUUUCUUUCACGUAUUUUGCGUCUGAAAUAUCUAAUUUAGUGUCAAUCUCAAUAUAUAUAUAUAAAUCGUAAAUCAACACCAUUUAAAAAUUCACCUUCUACAGCCACACAUAAACAAAUUUUUAGAAACGUUUUUCUUUUUGACACUUUUAUAUGUGCUAAUGUUACAGAAAUCAACAGACUACUGUCAGAUCGUACACUACAGUCAUUGGUUCAUGUGUAGUCGGUUUAUACUGUACUAAGACGUAACUGUGUGUCUCAUUGGUCGGAACAGCAUGUCGUGUGCAUCAUGGUAUUGUGACGUGAACACUUGAAUGAGGAGCACAGGUACAGAGCGUGCGACCUCUAUCGGCACACUUAGAUCCAGAUCGUAACCCUGUUUUUAGGGGUAUUGAUGAUGUCACUUGUUUUACAGUUAAUAAAAUGCAAUAAAUUUAGAUCAAACCCUA